GAGGUCUGGCACCACAUGAUCCGUGUUGAGAGGUCCCAAAACAAGAUGACUGUACCAUCUCUCGGCCUCCUCGCCGUAUCUCAUGACAAUCCUCCUCUGGCCACUACAAGCGUCACGUUCAGAGAGUACAGGACUGUACAGUAGUACUGUCCAUCGGACUCGAGAAAAAAACUGGAUUCGCCGCUUCUCUCAGUCUUCCGUCUAGAUUCCGAAUUUGCCAUCGAUUGAAAUGAACUGGCGCCAGUAAUUCUAGACAGAAAUGGCUUCUGCGGGCCUCCUCCUGGUGUGCAUGGAAACCGACCGACCAACCCAACCCCCGAGGGUCGUCCACUGAAGAACUAUCGUGACGGCGCCACGUGAUCAGCACCAUCAUAGCUUAUCACCACCGUGGUGACCACCUGUAUUUCAACCACGGAUAUCGUGUGACGUGCCUCCGCCACGUGUCACCUCCACGUCACUGAUGUGGCACAUGACCGCACCGUCGCGUGGUCACCAGCUCAGAACGGUUGUGGGCUGAAAUCGUGGAAAGGAGAGGAGUGCUGUUUCUGGGCAGUACAGUGCACCUCAGUGCAAUUUCAUCCCUCAGAAUCACGCUCUGUGGCACCAGCUGCAGCAGCUGCAGGCGAUGGGAGAUUUCGAGGCGUGUAAGGAGCCCUCUCUUUCCGAGAGGGAAGGAACCUCCGUUUCUCAGGAGCAGGCUUCGUGGGGCCAGUUGCAAGAGGUGCAGGAGGCGCAGGAGGUGCAGCAAGUGCCACAAGUGCCGCAAGUGCAGGAGUUCGCUGCUAACAGGAGGGAUGAGGCUCCUGGCUGUAAGAACCAGGGUCUGUGGGACAAGCUGCACGAACAGCGGCGUGCGUCGCAGGAGUCGCAGGAGCAACGGGAUCUGCAGAUGCUGCCUGAGCCGCAGGGUCUGCAGCAGUGGCGUGAGUCGCAUGAGUCGCAGGAGUCUCAGGAGCAGGGGGGUCUGCAGAUGCUAUCUGAGCCGCACAAGAUGGAAAUUUCUGAGGCGUCUCAGGAGUUUUCUUCCAGCAAGAAAGAAGAACCUUCCGUUUCUCAAAGCCAGGUUUCAUGGACCGACUUGCAGGAUCUGCAGAAUCAGCAAGAUCAGCAAGAUCUGCAGGAUCUGCAGGCUUCGAGUGACCAGUUGCAGAACCCGCAGCAUCUGAAGCAGGUGCAGGAUCUGCAGAAUCUGGAUCUACAGGAUGUAGAGCAGCUGUUGGUUUUGCAGGAUCUGCAAGCGGCUCAGCAUCUCACAGACGGCAAGAGCCUCUGCGGCAAGGCUGCUGCAGGGGUAGAAGCUUCUGCAGAAGCUUCUACAGGAGAAAAUUCAAGUCCAGAGCUUGUUAUUGGGUUGGCGGAGGAUGGAUCCAUUGCUGUUGUGGCUAAAGGUGUGGAUAAGAGGAGACGGCUGGGGCAGACAGAGGAUGAGGCUCGCCUGGGGGCUGCAGGGCAUGAGGCUCACCCAGGGGCUGCAGGGAAUCAGAUGCUUAGUGCACCAGAAACAUCGGCGCCUGCAGAAGCAGCAGAGGGCGCAUGGCCACCAUAUGCGGAAGCUGCAGAGGGCUCAGGGUCACCAGCUGCAGAAUCAGCAACAGCAGCAUUGGCAGCAGCAGUGGUGGCGCCAGCACCUACCAGCAGGGUCGACAGGCUCAGCACGAGCUGCAGGAGCGGCAACACCACCAGCACGAGCAUGGUCGCCACAGGCUACAGGGGCGGCUGCCAGGGCGCCACUAUGGAGCUGGUUUAUCAGCAACACUACUUUGUUACAUGCAGUAGUGUAACUAUAUAACAUCAUAUCUAUGUUUCAGUGUAGCA